GCAUCUCUGCCUUGCUUUCAAUGGGCCGGUUCUGCUGUCGCUGCUGCUGCCCGCGCGGGUUGUGGAUGUUGUCGGCUCCGUGUUGUGAUGACAGGAGAAUGUGUGUGUGUCCCGGGCCCAGACGAAUUGGAAUCCCAGUCAGAAGUUCCAGCCUGCCGCUGUUCUCUGAUGCCAUGCCAGCACCAACUCAACUGUUUUUUCCUCUCAUCCGUAAUUGUGAACUGAGCAGAGUCUAUGGCACUGCGUGUUACUGCUACCACAAACAUCUCUGCUGUUCAUCACCCUACGUUCCUCAGGGUCGCCUGAGAUAUACUCCCCAUCCGGCAUAUGCUACCUUUUGCAGGCCAAAGGAGAACUGGUGGCAGUACACCCAGGGAAGAAGAUAUGCUUCCACACCGCAGAAAUUUUACCUCACACCUCCACAAGUCAAUAGCAUCCUUAAAGCUAAUGAAUAUAGUUUCAAAGUGCCAGAAUUUGAUGGCAAAAAUGUCAGUUCUGUCCUUGGGUUUGACAGCAAUCAGCUGCCUGCAAAUGCACCCAUCGAAGAUCGGCGAAGUGCAGCAACCUGCUUGCAGACUAGAGGGAUGCUUUUGGGGGUUUUUGAUGGCCAUGCAGGCUGUGCUUGUUCACAGGCUGUCAGUGAAAGACUCUUUUAUUAUAUUGCUGUCUCUUUGUUACCCUAUGAGACUUUGCUAGAGAUAGAAAAUGCAGUGGAGAGUGGUCGGGCACUGCUACCCAUCCUCCAGUGGCACAAGCACCCCAACGAUUACUUCAGUAAGGAGGCAUCCAAGUUGUACUUCAACAGCUUGAGGACUUACUGGCAAGAGCUGAUAGACCUCAACACUGGCGAAUCAAGUGAUAUUGAUGUUAAGGAAGCUUUAAUUAAUGCUUUCAAGAGGCUUGAUAAUGACAUCUCUUUGGAGGCUCAAGUCGGUGAUCCUAAUUCUUUCCUCAAUUAUCUGGUGCUUCGAGUGGCAUUUUCUGGGGCCACUGCUUGUGUGGCCCAUGUGGAUGGUGUUGACCUUCAUGUGGCCAAUACUGGUGAUAGCAGAGCCAUGCUAGGUGUGCAGGAAGAGGACGGCUCUUGGUCAGCAGUCACACUGUCUAAUGACCACAAUGCUCAGAAUGAAAGAGAACUAGAACGGCUGAAAUUGGAACACCCAAAGAAUGAGGCCAAGAGUGUGGUGAAACAGGAUCGGCUGCUUGGCCUGCUGAUGCCAUUUAGAGCUUUUGGAGAUGUAAAGUUCAAAUGGAGCAUUGACCUUCAAAAGAGAGUGAUAGAAUCUGGCCCAGACCAGCUGAAUGAAAAUGAGUAUACCAAGUUUAUCCCUCCUAAUUAUUACACACCACCUUAUCUCACUGCUGAGCCAGAAGUAACUUACCACCGGUUAAGGCCACAGGAUAAGUUUCUGGUAUUGGCUACUGAUGGAUUGUGGGAGACUAUGCAUAGGCAGGAUGUGGUUAGGAUUGUGGGUGAGUACCUAACUGGUAUGCAUCACCAACAGCCGAUAGCUGUUGGUGGCUACAAGGUGACUCUGGGACAGAUGCAUGGCCUUUUGACAGAAAGGAGAACCAAAAUGUCCUCAGUAUUUGAGGAUCAGAAUGCAGCAACCCAUCUCAUCCGCCAUGCUGUGGGCAACAAUGAGUUUGGGACAGUUGAUCAUGAGCGCCUCUCCAAAAUGCUUAGUCUUCCUGAAGAGCUUGCUCGUAUGUACAGAGAUGACAUUACAAUCAUUGUGGUUCAGUUCAAUUCUCAUGUUGUAGGGGCAUAUCAAAACCAGGAAUAGUGAGUGGAUCUUACCCUGGCAAUUCUCAAAUGAAAUAAAUUUAAAGGGCAGAAUUUUUUUUAAGUUACUAAUAUAAUAAACAUUUCCAGAGGGUCACUCCAAGAAUUUACCCAUUUGAUACCCUAGCUAGUUAAAUACUCCAGAUUGACUUUGCAACAGGGUGGCAGGAUCAUGAGAGUCUGGUUCUGCCUAGAUUAGCCCUCAUAGCACCUGCACUUUUGAAGCAAGUUAUUUCCUCAUUGUAGGUGUCUUGAAAUAUUGGUUGCUUUUACCAACCUGAGAAAAUUAGGAUUACCUAACAAGUAGAAUCUUGAAUAGGCCAAAAGCAAGGAUAUUGGAAAAAAAGGAGAAACAAUAUUCUUCACCCCUUCAGACCCCUCUCUUCACUAAGAUUCCAAUGUACAUGAGAACAUGUAUUUAUUGCAUGAUUUUCUAGGUAUAUAAUCUAUGCAUUAUUCAUAUAAAUUUACUUUAGCCUGAUACGGUUUUCAGAUCCAGUACUUUAAGCCAUAAAUGACCAAGAACCAAACAAUCUAAUUUCUAAGUUUUUGUGAUUAUUUCACUGGAAUGCUUCUUAAAUAGAAGAACUAUACUCCCUCCCCACCCCUGGUUUCCUAAUGUAAUUGAAACAUUUUCUAUUUUGCCACAUCAUUGAAGAUAAUAAAGGUUUUUAGUUUUAUCUAUUCUUAUGUUGAUGUUAAGUAAAAAGGUUUUUUAAUUUGUACUAAAGAAAGCUUUAUUUAGUUUGAAAUAAAGAGAUUCAGAAUAAAAAGAGACUGAUAUGUUCAUUUAUUAUCAUCUUUAGCCACCAACACAUCACUCUCUUAAAUAAUCCCCGAUGACUUGGCAUGCUGUAAGUGUAUGGUGGGUAGACUGCUGCCGGGGAAUCAUACUUCUUAUUUAGUGUAAUAAGAAUCUUCAUCACUUUUGGAAUUCUAAAGGUGACAUAUAUAAAAUAAGUUUAAACAUCAAUUGGGGAGUAAGAUUUAAUAUCACCAUUUGGUAUUGAGACAGGAAGACGUUUUUAUUUUUACCCAUUUAGACAUAGGUCAAUUAAAAUAUUUGGUUUAAAAUUACUAAAUGCUUUAAACAUAUUGUAGCUUAGAUAUAUGUGUUAAGAUAUUUACAUGAGAAAUUUUAAAAGGUAACUAUUGUGCAUGCCUUAUGCUUAAUAGAACACUUAGUAUUGUCAAAUGUUGUUUGCAGCAGUCUCCAUAAUUAUCUACAGUCCCUUCUAAUACUGUAUCAAAGUAAAUGAAAGUAAUUGUGUUCAGAUUGGCUUUUGGGGAGCUUAUUUGAUACGCAUCAAAUGGCAUUUUGUUCUGUGUUUGGUGAUCUGUAUUCAGCUGUGCAUAAUUUUUUCACUUAUUCUAGCAUCACUGUUUAAAAAGAUGGCUAUGUUUGUGUUUGAUAGUCACAUCGAUUCUAAUAUAAAACAUGAUCAGCUUUCAUUGUGUAAUUAGUUGGAUGUUUACGGGUCCUUUCAGAUUUUUGUAUGAGCUAAAUCUUCAAGAAUUGGACUGUGGAUAUGGAGUCAAUGCGGUAUUGGCUGCAAAAUUUGUUGCAAUUGAAAAUAGACUGGAAAAUUGCAGCUCAGACUAUCCUAUAAUGUUUGUUUUUUGAAAUUUUUUUUUUUUUUUAAAUCAGCUUGGAAAUUUUUUCCCAGGCAGUAUUUUGGAGGGGGGAAGGCUAUAUUAUAUAUUUAUUUCUAAAUGUUUCAACAGAAAAUUUAUCUUUUAAUGAAACGUGGACUGCUGUAGCAAAACCUGUUUUCAGCUACUAUUUGAAUUGCUCUUGAACAGCACCACUGAAGAGUUCCAUAUUAUAACAUACUGAGUAAUGUCUCAUGUCUAUAUAGUACAGGAAAUACAAAAUUGGUUUCCUGUGGUCGUGAUGAAGAUGGUAAUAUUAUUACACAAGAAACUUGGUCUGUAGUGUGAAAGCUGGUCUACUCUCUAAAGAAAGAAAAUUGGGUUUACAAAAUCUGAAUGUACUGUUAUCUAAAGGCAAUUAUGAUUUUUAUUGUAAUUGGUUGUCACUAUGAUGUGAUGUCUAGAAUUAAAGAAUACAUGUGAACUUUCAUGGUAUUUAGCCUUUCUUUUUUUUUUUAAUUUAAUUUUUCUAACAUACAUAUUCAACUUCAGUAUUAGUGGGUCAUGAUAUAUAAUACACCCCUUAAUGGUUACAUGGAAUAUUGGUAUGGUUCACAGCGCUUGGUAGGAAAACUGUCUUAUGAAAGAUGUACAUGUAUGAAGAUACGUGAACUGGUUUACAGAGAAUGGUCGGAAAAGUGCUCACAGUGAAUUAAAGCUUCAUAUCUGCUUUCUG